AUGGCACCUCGUCACCCUCUUCAACGACUCACGUCGCCAUCACGAGAUGUUUCGCUACUGCUUCACAUCAUUGGCAUAGCCUCAUUCAGCUACAACUUCUACUUCCUUACAGUCUGGGACACUCCCAUUGCCAAGUCCUACGGAUGGCAUCUUCAAUUCCUCACCAUCAUUGGCCUCUCAGUAUCUUUGCUUGCCUUUGUUCUUGGGGCAUUGGCUGAUAUCACUUCGAGCCAUACGCUCUUCCAAGCCAAGAACGCCGUUGCUGUUAUUGCUACGCCUAUGGAAGUUGUCAUCUCUAUUCUAUACUGGGGCUUGAGGCUCAUUGACCCCAAGCUCCUCAUGCCUGAUGACAUUUACAUCGACAUCAUUCCUGAUGUCGGAUUUCACCUGGCCCCUGCAGUACUCCUGAGUUUGGAUCUUGUUCUUCUCAGCCCACCUUGGACAAUCCCAGCAUAUGGAGUCAUGACAAUUGGCACUGUUCUUGCAUUUGGCUACUGGUACUGGGUCGAGCUUUGCUUCAGCCAUAAUGGAUGGUACCCCUAUCCCCUAUUUGAACUUCUUUCCACUACUCAACGUGCUAUGUUGUUUACCCUUGCGGCUGUCUUGGUCACCGUCUCCUCGUCGGGUCUCAAGUGGGUGUAUGGUCGAGUCAACGGUUAUGAAGGUGCUCAAAGAAACGCCCACAAGCCUCUCAAGAAGGUUCAGUGA